GGGCGCAGGUGGUGGCCGCGGGGCGCUGCGCUCGCCUGGGCGCCCCCCUUCGCUGCGCCCCCCGCGCCGCCGAGGGCCCCGCGCGCAGGACUGGAGCUAUGGGGUCGGAAAACCCCAGCCCGCAGAACCCUGGCUGUAAGAUCAUGACCUUCCGGCCCUCGCUGGAGGAGUUCCGCGACUUCGGGAGGUUCAUCGCCUUCAUGGAGUCCCAGGGAGCCCACAGGGCAGGCCUGGCCAAGGUGAUCCCCCCCAAGGAGUGGAAGCCACGGCGCACCUACGAUGACAUUGAUGACAUGGUGAUCCCAGCUCCCAUCCAGCAGGUGGUCACAGGCCAGUCAGGGCUCUUCACCCAGUACAACAUCCAGAAGAAGCCCAUGACCGUGGGCGAGUACCGGCGCCUGGCCAACAGCGAGAAGUACUGCACCCCUCGGCACCAGGAUUUUGAGGACCUGGAGCGCAAGUACUGGAAGAACCUCACCUUUGUGUCCCCCAUCUAUGGGGCUGACAUCAGUGGCUCCCUGUAUGAUGCAGACGUGGAUGAGUGGAACAUUGGCAACCUGAACACCCUCCUGGACAUGGUGGAGCACGAGUGUGGCAUCAUCAUCGAGGGGGUGAACACUCCCUACCUCUACUUUGGCAUGUGGAAGACAACUUUUGCUUGGCAUACAGAGGACAUGGAUCUCUACAGCAUCAACUACUUGCAUUUUGGGGAGCCCAAAUCCUGGUAUGCCAUUCCCCCGGAGCACGGCAAGAGGCUGGAACGCCUGGCAAAAGGAUUCUUCCCAGGAAGCUCUCAGGGAUGUGAUGCUUUCCUCCGUCACAAGAUGACCCUCAUUUCUCCCUCCAUCCUGAAGAAAUAUGGGAUUCCCUUUGACAGGAUCACCCAGGAAGCUGGGGAGUUCAUGAUCACAUUUCCCUAUGGGUACCACGCUGGCUUCAAUCACGGCUUCAACUGCGCCGAGUCCACCAACUUCGCCACCCUGCGCUGGAUCGACUACGGCAAGAUGGCAACACAGUGCACGUGCCGCAAGGACAUGGUGAAGAUCUCCAUGGACGUGUUUGUCAGGGUGCUGCAGCCAGAACGCUACGAGCUCUGGAAGCAGGGCAAGGACAGUGCAGUGCUGGACCACAUGAAGCCCACGGCCCUGAGCAGCCCCGAGCUCGACGCCUGGAACGAGACCAAGGCAGAGCUGAAGGCAAAGCUGCUGCGCAGGAUAGGAGAUGAGGAAGAGGACAACAAACACCGGUCUCACAGAAAAAGGAGUCAACCCAGAAGACACAAAACAGAGGAUCAGAAGUCUCUUGGGGAUGUCAUGGCUAUUGAAACUGCCUUGGAAGAUGUGAAAGUAAAAGAGGAGCUGAAAAGGGGGCCAGAUCUGGAGGAAGAGGAGAGAAGCAAAGGGAUGGAGGGAGAAGGGGAGUGCAAGGCCAAGGCGCGGCCCCCGAAGGCCAAGGGCGAGCGCAAGAAGAAGCAGCUGUUCCCCCCUCAGCCCCCGGGGCCUGUCCCAGGGCCCAUUCCAGCCCCCCAGCUGCCCCCCGAGGCUGGGCCGGGCCCAGCACGGCCCCCGGGACCCUCAGCCCCGGGCCCGGAGCAGGCCCGGCCCACGGCCCCCCUGAACGUGGUGCAGCCCUCGGAGGCGCCGGCCGAGGAGGACGACUUCAGGCCGCGGCCCAUCAUCCCCAUGCUGUACGUGGUGCCCCGCAGCAAGAAGGUGGUGUUUGACAAGGAGCACAUGUCCUGCCAGCAGGCCUUCGAGCAGUUUGCCACGCAGAAGGGGCUGGGCUGGCGCCAGCAGGGCCCCGGCAAGGAGCAGGACGGCGCUGAGGCCGAACGCGCCGAGCUCGCCGCCGAGGCUGCUUCUGCCUUCUCCAAGAUGAAGAUGGAGAUCAAGAAGAGCCGCCGGCACCCGCUGGGCAAGCCCCCGACGCGCUCGCCGCUGUCCGUGGUCAAACAGGAGACCUCGAGUGACGAGGAAAUGUUUCCAUUUUCUGGAGAGGAAGAUAUGAGUGAUCCAGAGGCUUUGAAAUCUUUACUUUCCUUCCAGUGGAAGAACAAAGCACUUAAUUUCCCAGCUGAAAGGAAGUUCAAUGCAGCUGCUGCCCUGAGUGAGCCAUACUGUGCUGUCUGCACCCUCUUCUACCCCUAUAACCAGUCCUCACAGGUGGAGAAGGAAGCUGCCCCAGCCUCCACGGGGGAGCCGUCCUCGUUCGUGCACCUUUCCAAGUGUGGGCAGAAGACCAAGCCCCUGAUCCCAGAGAUGUGCUUUACCUCAAGUGGAGAGAACACCGAGCCCCUUCCUUCAAAUUCCUACAUUGGAGAGGAUGGAACCAGUCCCUUGAUAUCCUGUGCCAAAUGCUGCCUGCAGGUUCAUGCUAGCUGUUACGGGAUACGCCCGGAGCUGGUGAACGAGGGCUGGUCGUGCUCGCGGUGCUCGGCCGGCGCCUGGGCAGCGGAAUGUUGCCUGUGCAAUCUCAGGGGAGGAGCUCUCCAGAUGACCACUGAUGGCCGGUGGGUCCAUGUGAUCUGUGCUAUCGCUGUCCCCGAGGCGCGUUUCCUCAAUGUCAUAGAGCGUCAUCCUGUGGACAUCAGCGCCAUCCCCGAGCAGAGGUGGAAACUGAGGUGUGUGUACUGCAGGAAGAGGAUGAAGAAGGUGUCUGGGGCCUGUGUGCAGUGCUCCUACGAGCACUGCUCCACGUCCUUCCACGUGACGUGCGCGCACGCGGCCGGCGUGCCCAUGGAGCCCGACGACUGGCCCUACGUGGUGUCCAUCACCUGCUUCAAGCACAAAGCAGCAAACCAGAACGUCCCGUUCCGCAGGGAGGUGGCCCUGGGGCAGACAGUGAUCACCAAGAACAGGAACGGGCUCUACUAUCGCUGCAGGGUCAUCGGCACCAGCACCCAGACCUUCUACGAGGUCAACUUCGACGACGGCUCCUACAGCGACAACGUUUACCCCGAGAGCAUCAUUAGCAGGGACUGCAUCCAGAUGGGGCCCCCUCCGGAGGGGGAGCUGGUGCAGCUGCAGUGGACGGACGGGAUCAUCUACAAGGCCAAGUUCAUUGCAGCCCAGAUCAGUCAGAUUUACCAGGUGGAGUUUGAAGAUGGCUCUCAGCUAAUGGUGAAGCGUGGGGAUAUUUAUACCUUGGAGGAAGAGCUUCCCAAGAGAGUCAAGUCUCGCCUGUCCCUCAGCACUGGGGCCCCUCAGGAAGAUGUGUUUUCAGGAGAUGAAGUGAGAGCAGCCAAGCGUCCCCGGCUGGGGAAUCCCAGGAAUCCUGAGGAAUAUGGACAAACCCCAGAUUACCUGGCCUUCAUGGAGAGCCUGUUGCAGACACAGUACCAGCCUGGGACUCAGAGCAACAUGUUUUAACCAGGAUUCAUCCAAAAUAUUCAAUUAACCCUUUUUGAGUUAGUGGAAAAAUAAAUAGGAAACUGUGGAAUGGAAGACCAGCCCUGUGCAAUAGCCUGCUGUGAAUUUCUUUCAUCUCCUCUUGGUUUGGACUGCAGGAAAUCCCUGUCUGGCUGCUACCUCGACCUUGCCAGGAGUUGCUGACCAAGAGCUGGGGAGCUUGGAAACCCUUCAGCUUUUCACAUGGAGACUUUGGAAGAGUUUCUACAGAUGGAGCUUUGUGACUGGUUCUUUUUUAUGAGGAAAGGGUUAAAAUUUAACAAAAUGACUUUUUCAAAUCUGUCAAACUUUUGUCUUUCAAGGUGCUAUUACAUUGACUACUGAAGCAGCCUUUGGAAUCGUGUUUUCUGUACAUAGACGUCACCUUUGUGAAGUUUUCUAUGAAUGAGCAUUAUUAAAAAAAAAAAGCAAGCAAAAAUAGGAAAAUGAAAGUUUCCACAAAACAUUUUUCUAGAUUAUGGCUUUAAAACAGAAAAUAAAUUAAAUCCUCCCCCCUCACCCCCAAACGAAUUGUGACUGAUGUUACAGCGGGGAGAGGGAGAGCAAGAGCAGAUGUCCUGGAAUGUUCUGGGUUCUUCUUUUGUAAGAAACACUAUCUUUGUAAGCUGGGGAAGGUGGGGAAGCAAUGUUCAUGCUGGGAUGUUUCUGCCAUUGGCUCUCUGCACGCCCUGGGAUGGAUGUUGGCAUCGCUGCCACAUCCCCAGGGAGGGGCUUAGGGAAGAAAUGGCCAGGUUUGGGUCAUUCCUCUCACCUUCCUUCCCCAUCUUUGCCAUCACAGUUGCUUUCUAGUUCAGGAUCAGCAUGGCUUUGAGUUCCAGCGUGCCGCCCUGGUUUGGCAAGUGUUCUGUUGCUGCUUGUGUUAGCUCCCCACGAGCCAGAGGCUCCCCGGCAGCACUUCUCCCUUAGCACUUCUCCUUUCUCUUUCCUUUGUCUCUUUAUUUUUUAAUUUUUUUUUUUUGAGUUGUGCUCCUUACAGUGUGAGAAUCAUUCCAUGACAGAAGCUUGGGAGGUGUUUGUAUGUUUUUCUUUUAUCCUAUUAAAGAAGAAAUUCCUCAAACAUCUGAUUGUCGUGACAUCCUUUCCUUAAGCAAGGACUGAGCCUGUGAGUUCCUCCUGGGGAAGAGGAGUGCAAGCCCUGCCUUGACUGGACUCAGCUCCCUGAGGAUUGAAGGAGCAUUAAAGGCAGAGCCCAGCCCUGGAGUGUUGAGGGGGCAGCUCCCACCUGGACCUUUGCAAAUCCCCUGGGGCUGAAGAGCUGAUGUGGAGCAGUGCUUGGCACAGAGCCUGGUCCAAACCCUGCUGGAGCCACUGGAAAGUCUUCCCCUCUCUUUGGAGGAGCUCAGUCAGUUCAGAGGAGAGAAGGAGGCAGUGCUGGUGCCGAGCUGGAGGGGCCGUGGCAGAGCUGGGAAGGUUCAGGUGCAGGGGGAGAGCAGAGCAGAGGGCACCCAGAGCCUCCCCUGCUCCACAGCCCAGCCUGGCCAGCCAGCAACCUGGAAUGCUGCACUGCAAUCUCUUCCACUUAAUUCCCUGAAAAUACUGGAUGGAGAGAGACAAUAUUCUUGUUUUGAUUAUUAUUUUUAAGCCCCUUUGCAAGGUGGUCGUUGUUCUGGGGAGAGGCUGUUACGCAAAGCUCUGGCUGGAUCUUUAAGGGAAUAAGUGGGAAGGAUUUGUGGGCUAGCAGAUGGUAGAUUAGCAUCUUAAGAGACUCCAUGGGUAUUAAACUGUCCUAGUGAAAGAGUGGAGAUAGAAUAAAGCAAUUUAAUUCCUUUUUUACUUUGGUUUUGUUCUGCCUUGAGGAUUGGAGGUGCCAUCCUUUCUCCUGCCUCUGCUACGGGUCCUUUUCCUGUGCCUGGCUGCGCCUGCGUGGUUGUGAGGCCCUGCAAACAGGGUUCUGCUUUUGGGUUCUUUUAUUUCCGAGUUUCUGACCUUUUCAGUAGAUGUCUCCACGAAUAAAACCAAACUGAGACUAAUAAAAGUUUAAAAAAUUGGCAA